UUCCUUUGCGAUUUCCGUCUUGAAAGCGAAGGGGAAGGCUUAGCUGCCCUCAUCUCCUUUCCUUUCUCUUCGUGUUCAUCGUCUUCGUCUUCGUCUCUUCUACAGGUCUGUAAAAGAUGGCUGAUGCCGAGGAUAUUCAACCUCUUGUCUGCGACAAUGGAACUGGAAUGGUCAAGGCUGGAUUUGCCGGUGACGAUGCUCCAAGGGCAGUGUUUCCCAGUAUUGUGGGCCGACCACGACACACUGGUGUCAUGGUUGGGAUGGGACAAAAAGAUGCUUAUGUUGGAGAUGAAGCCCAGUCCAAAAGAGGUAUCCUAACUUUGAAGUAUCCCAUUGAGCAUGGUAUUGUUAGCAACUGGGAUGACAUGGAGAAGAUUUGGCAUCAUACCUUCUACAAUGAGCUCCGUGUUGCCCCUGAAGAGCACCCGGUGCUUCUCACAGAGGCACCCCUCAACCCAAAGGCUAACAGGGAAAAGAUGACUCAGAUCAUGUUUGAGACCUUUAACGUGCCCGCUAUGUAUGUGGCUAUCCAGGCCGUCCUUUCUCUCUAUGCUAGUGGUCGUACAACGGGUAUUGUGUUGGAUUCCGGUGAUGGUGUUAGUCAUACUGUGCCAAUUUAUGAAGGGUAUGCUCUCCCACAUGCAAUCCUUAGGUUGGACCUUGCUGGUCGUGAUCUCACAGAUGCCCUCAUGAAGAUCCUCACUGAGAGAGGGUACUCUUUCACCACAACUGCUGAACGGGAAAUUGUCCGUGAUAUGAAGGAGAAACUUGCCUAUGUUGCUCUUGAUUACGAGCAGGAGCUGGAGACUGCCAAGAGCAGCUCCUCUGUUGAGAAGAGCUAUGAGCUACCUGAUGGGCAGGUCAUUACAAUUGGGGCCGAGAGGUUCCGUUGCCCUGAAGUCCUCUUCCAGCCAUCUCUGAUUGGAAUGGAAGCGGCUGGAAUUCAUGAAACUACCUACAACUCCAUCAUGAAGUGUGAUGUGGAUAUCAGGAAGGAUCUCUAUGGAAACAUUGUUCUCAGUGGUGGAUCAACAAUGUUUCCUGGAAUUGCAGACCGAAUGAGCAAAGAGAUCACAGCACUUGCUCCUAGCAGCAUGAAGAUCAAGGUGGUUGCACCUCCCGAAAGAAAGUACAGUGUCUGGAUAGGAGGAUCCAUCCUUGCUUCCCUUAGCACCUUCCAACAGAUGUGGAUCUCCAAGGCUGAAUACGAUGAAUCUGGUCCAUCAAUUGUCCACCGGAAGUGCUUCUAAGCUCAAUGAGGGGCAGUCAGUGGUGAGUACUUUUAUUUUCUGCAGUUGGCUUUCCGUGUCGUGUCAAGUGAACUCAAUUUGGUUGAGCGAGGUGGAGGUGUGGUUAUAUGCCAUAAAA